AUGGGGAAGCCAAAGGCCCGGGGAGGAGUAAAUAAGGCGGGCACGGGGAAAGGGACGGCUACUCGGCAAGGAUCCAAGAAAGCCGCCCGUCCAUCCAGCGGGGGGGAGCCUCCAGUGCAUCCGGCGGUAGCGACUCCCACGGGUAGGCCCCGUGCUGCGGAAUGCCCGACGUUGCAACCCCACCGUGCGACUGAGACGAGACAAGAUCUGGGUCGGCAGGGGCGGGUGAUGGAGAGGCAAGAGGAUGUGGUAGCUGAGGUGGAGCUGGCGGCGGCCCAACCGGCGGGGAUGGGCUCGGCGGCGGAUGUGGCGCCUCCGGACGCGACGCGUGGUGAGGAGCUGGGUUUGGCUGCCGCUGAGGCCGACGCUGAGAUCGGCGCUGGGUGCGCCGAAACGCCUGCUGUUGACGAGGCCUUAGAGAGGCCUGAGCGCGACCUGGAGGAGUCUGGAACGUCGGCACAUGAGACCCACGGCGACGGGAAUGAUGCUCGCGGAGCGGGUGCACGGAUCCGCGCCCGACCAGCAUCGACGCGGCUUGGAUCAGGGCUGGCGCCUGGUCGCCCGGGACCCCUCCGGGGCUGGCUUGUGCCAGCGCCGCCGCGACCAGAGCAAGCGCAUCGACCGACAUUGGCGCCGCGACCUGCCGCACAAGAGAAUGGAGGGGCAGCUACAGAAGAAGGUUCCGCGCGCCACAGGCGGCACAGGGCGGGGGACGAUCCGCGGGUCGAGCAGCCCGAGGCGGGGGACGAGGAGCGCGAGGGGACCAGGGAGAUCGCGGUGCUGUGGCCGGGGGGAGAGGCGGACGUGGGACCACCGGAAGGGCAAGAGCCCCGCUGCUAG